AUGCCGCUUCCAUUCGCUUUGGUUUGCGACCUGCUUGAAGAGUCUCACGAAUUAUCGGUUGCCAAGAAGAGCAAUUUGAGUACCGUAGCAAAAUGGUUUGCACGGCACCGAAGCUGGAUCAACGCACACAAUACAAGUCUCGCGGCUUUGUUGUCUACCCUGCUUCCUGACAAAAGAACGGACAGAGUUUACUGCAUACAAACUGCUACCCUCGAGAAGAUUAUCGGCCGCGCGUUCUUCCUUGGGUCCUCUCGUAUUGCCGAACUGUCCCACUACCGGCAGCCGGGUCAAGGCAUUGACCUGGCUGAUUGCGUUUCGCGUAUUCUGAAUGCAACGCCAAGUCCGGGUUACAGCAAGGACAACCUUGUCACGGUCGAAGAGAUCGACAAAAUCCUUCAUUCUCUGGCAGCCAGGGCUAGCCUCACCCAAAGCAAUAGGGGUGAUCUCGAAUGGCUGUAUCGCCGACUGAGCUCAGUAGAAGCCAAGUGGUUUACACGGCUGGUGCUCAAAAACUACCAGCCGCUUGUCUUAGAUCCCCCUCUCAUUUAUCGACUAUGUGACCCGAUUCUUCCUUGUGUUUUGAAGAUUCAAGAUGACUUUUCCACGGCAAUCAACUCCGUCCAGGCCAUUCGAGGACGAUUGUUGCCGAAUGCCGCUCGCAAGACACCGCGGGAACAAAUUUUGAGUUCUGUGAAGCCUCAACUCGGUAUCAAAGUUGGACGACAGCCCUGGGUGAAAGGGCGUAGUAUCAAGAAUUGUCUUGACAUGGGUCAUGGGCGAAUGAGCGUGGAGGACAAGAUUGAUGGGGAGUUCUGUCAGAUUCAUAUCGAUCUGAGCAAAGGAGAGAAUUGCAUCCAGAUCUUUUCCAAAAGUGGCAAAGACAGCACUGAGGAUAGAGAGGCGCUUCAUGGGACUAUACUAGAAUCACUUCAGAUCGGGAAACCUGGCGCAAAGGUCACAAAAGCAUGCAUUUUAGAAGGGGAGUUGGUUGCAUUCGAUGAUUCGAUUCUCUCAAGCCUUAUCGCCUAUCGCAAAGGCUGGUCUGAACUAGUUCAGCGUCAAGUCAUUGACUUUGGCCAUAACCUCGGCGCCUCAAGUCUACGUAAAGCCUUUGCCCUCACAAUUUUGGCCCGAAAGGAAGGCCUGGUCCUGAAACCGGAUGAACCCUAUUUCGAUUUUGCAGACCAGCGUCGGAAGUUUUCGAGCUGCUGCAUCAAGCUCAAGAAGGAAUACAUCGGGAACUUUGGCGAUGUCGGUGAUUUCGCUGUUGUCGGUGCCCGGUAUGAUCCAGCCAAGGCAAUGGCUUAUCGAAUUUCCGGGUUGAAGUGGACUCACUUCUAUCUUGGUUGUCUCGACAAUAGGGAGGCAGUCAAGCAGUGGAACGCAAAGCCCGAGUUCACUAUUGUCAAUGUCGUGGAGUUGAAUGAGACAAUUUUGAGAGAGGUUGUUACUUACGCCAAUCCCCAAUCUGUGGUUGCCGAAGAGAAUGACCAACUCACUCUCAAGUUGGCUCCCGGGGUAGAGCAAGGCUCGCCUCUGACGUUUGUCUUCACAAAGCCUUUGGUGUUCGAUUUGAGGUGCUUCAGCUUUGACAAGGUGGGAAACACAAGUUUCUGGAGCCUUCGCUUCCCUUCAGUCACAAAGGUUCACUUUGAUCGGGAUUUUACCGACACAAUCUCCUUUGAGCAGUUGCAAACAAUGGCAAAGGAUGCAACCACGGCUGGUGAGCUUGAGGACAGCCAAGAGAACCUCCAGUGGGUCGCAAAGCUGGAGGGAGCUGAUCCGCGUGGCAUCGCUGUUGACGCUGUGAGCCAACUCACAGUAACAACAAUGCCAACGCCUUCGCCGCGGAAGUCAACGCAAAAUACAACAUCUUCAUGUUCUCCAACUUCUCCGUUGGUCACGAAAUUCCCUCUCUUACAAACGGGCCCAUCCCAUGCAAGAUCCGGACCACCACUUCGUCUGCCUGGAGUGCCACCUGCUACACCUCCUACAUCUGCUGCACAAGCUGCACUGGCUUCGUGGCCAGCAGAAGGUCCAACAAGGAACAAGCGUUUCUCUCCCACUUCCAUGCCUGCACCCCCGCCCAAACGCCAAAAGUCAGUGACCGAGAACGUGCAAGCAAGCACAUCCUCAAACAACGGCAGUUCCUCGCAGCCUCGCAAACCUCUCACAAAUAUAAAUGGCAACUCCCAUGGCGCCAUUUCUUCCUCCUGUUCUGUACAUCAGAACAGGCUUGGAAAAGAAGUACCCGAGGUCAUCGACCUCACGUUGUCUCAAGGGACACCCUCCAUCACGAAGCUUCCUGCCUUGCAGACUGCUCAGUGCUCACCGCCGGCAGAUGGUGUAACAGCUACAACAAUAGACACAUGUCGCUUUGCUGGUACCAAGUGUCAUAUGGCAGGGACACGGAUUCUAAUAUCACCGGGGCUUUUUGACAACUGCAAAGAAGCCAAGGCCCUGUUCGAUGAUCAUGGGAUCUAUGGCACUGUUAUGAAUGUCGAUAAAUGGCUCGAAUCAGAGAAAGCAUGUGAGAAUCAUCAGACCCCGGUCAAGACUUAUUUGCUGGUCGACAGUGGACGUCACGAUGAGACCAAAGCCCUGCUUAAAAAGAUCGAGGAGAUACGAGGGGCCAUUUCCGAUCGCACCCGCAUAUGGAUCGACGUCCAUGACUGGCGCAUGCUGAAAUAUGUUACGAUCAAGGAAGAUGACAAUGUCACGCCAAAGUAUUAUGACGGGUGGCAUGAUCCGUGGAGGCGGUGGUACAUCGGGAUUGUUUGA